UAUAAACUACUGGCAUUGGAGACGAAGAUGUGUUGUAUCUCGUAACGUUUCAUGGUGCUGUUGUGCAUUUUUUUGUGAUUUUGUUUAUUUUACUGCAAUAGACUGCGCUCAAUUUUUAUUUUCGAAAUGAAGGUUAAAAUACUAACUAGAAAUCCCGAUGAAUAUCUACGAGAGACUAAACGAGAUAUUCAUAAAAUCCCCAGAAACUACGAUCCAUCUGUGCAUCCGUUUGAAGCUGCGAGAGAAUACACAAGAGCGCUAAACGCCGUCAAAUUAGACAAGAUAUUUGCAAAGCCGUUUCUUAAGUGUCUAGAAGGCCACAAAGAUGCUGUGUUCUGUAUAUGUAAACAUCCUUCCCAGUUGUCUGUUCUUUUAAGCGGAGCUUACGAUGGUGAAGUUAGAAUGUGGAACCUUGCCUUGGGAACUUGCAUGCGUUCAUUUCUGGCUCACGACGGUGUGCUUCGUAGUAUCGCCUAUGUGCCGGAUGGAGAUCGUUUUAUUACCGUUGGCGAUGACAAGAUUAUCAAGACAUGGAGUGCUGAUACGGAAGAGGACGAACCUUUGAAUACUAUUAUCAGCAAAACGGUACUUACUGGUAUAACUCACCAUCGAGACAGGCCUAUAUUUGCCACCUGCGGAGAAAAGUGUCACAUUUGGGAGGAAACCCGUAACGAGCCAGUUUGUACAUUCGAAUGGGAUGUGGAUAGUUUAUACGAUAUAAAAUUCAAUCCAGUACAGAGUAAUCUUUUAGCUGCUUGUACGAAUGAACGAAGAAUAAUUUUGUACGACACCAGAGAUAAAGGCCCGCUAACGAGGAUAACGAUGAAAUUACGAAGCAACAAACUCGCUUGGAACCCCAUGGAAUCCAUGUCCUUCACGUGUGCCAAUGAGGAUUACAACUUAUACACCUAUGAUAUCCGAAAGUGGAAGACGCCGGUCAAUGUGCACAUGGACCAUGUGGAGGCCGUGAUAGACGUCGAUUAUUCCCCAACCGGGAAGGAGUUUGUCUCGGGCAGUUACGACAAGUCGAUUCGCAUCUUCGAGGCCAACAAAGGCCACUCGCGGGAGGUGUAUCAUACAAAGCGCAUGCAGAGGCUCACCUGUGUGGGAUGGUCGCUCGAUAAUAAGUACAUAAUCAGCGGCAGCGACGAGAUGAACCUGCGUUUGUGGAAGGCCAAGGCGUCGGAGAAACUCGGCAUUAUUAAAACCAGACAGAAGAUGUCACUGUUUUAUAACGAAGCGCUGAAGGAGAAAUACGCGGCUCACCCGCAAAUCAGACGAAUCGCCCGGCACAGACAAGUGCCGAAACAUGUGUACAAUGCGCAAGCUGAACUGAGAAAAAUACGCGAGAAAAACAAACGCAAGGAAGCCAACAGGCGCUAUCAUUCGAAAAAGGGAGCCGUACCUUUUGUAUCGGAAAGAGAAGCACACGUUGUGGGUCGAGAUUAAAAUAUGUUCUCAUGUCAUUGUGCAACAUUUAAUAUAACUGGAGAAAAAAAGAUGUUGUUUUUCCUGGGCAUCUCUGCGUGCAAAAUAUCCAUUGGAUCAUUAGUUUUUAUUAAUUAAUAUCUGACAAAUGCGCUCGAUCUGUCGUAAAUGCCUUUAUAAAUGACUUAUUUUCACUGUUAAUUAUUUUCGUGAGAUGAUAAGAUAUAUAUAUAUUAGAUAAGCUAUUUUGAUAAAUUGCUAAUUAAUGAGCUCAUUCAUUGAGAAAGUUUCAAUUAACAGAAAUUACUUGACAGUGAAAAUAAAUUAUCCAUAAAAGAAUAUAUUUUAUUUACGUGAAUGAAGACUAAUAAAGCAAGUAUAAUAUAACAUUUACAUAUACAAGGUUGGAUCAAAUAUA